AUUCUUCUUCCAUCUCUUAUUCAAACCGAUUCUGCCGUGCUACGGGUGUUCCUGCAAGUCUGAAACCUUACGGCUUACAACGCAUCACAUUUGACCAGGAUUUCCGACGAGCUCAAAACACUGCAGGAUUUUAUUUUAAUUCAAAUAUUCUGUGAUAAUUAAAGAAAAAAUAAUAAUGUCUCAGAAUGUGGCUCCACAAAGUACUGUCUCUAAAAAUUCAACAAAUCAGGGUCCUCCAUUUGUUGACAGUAACACUGUCUCAAAAAGAUUACAAGGAGAGCUUAUGCGCCUCAUGAUGAAUCCAAACAAGGAAGUUUCAGCUUUCCCUGAAGGAGAUAAUCUUUUUAAAUGGAUAGCUACCAUCCAAGGUCCUAAAGAGACAGUCUAUGAAUCUUUGACAUACAAAUUGUCAUUGACGUUUCCCAGUGGUUACCCAUACUCUCCUCCAACGGUGAAGUUCAUCACUGAAUGUUUCCAUCCCAACGUGGAUUUGAGAGGCAACAUCUGCCUUGACAUCCUUGCUGGCCGCUGGUCCCCCUUGAUGGACGUACACGCUCUCCUCAUCUCACUGCAGUCACUCCUUGCUGAGCCCAAUGUUUCAUCACCUCUGAAUUCUGAGGCUGCGCAGCUUUGGCCCAACCAAGUUGCAUACAAGAAGCAACUUCUUGCGUUGUACGACAAAGCAAACCGCGAAGACAAGCCCGACACGAAAUAACGUCAGCUCAUAUUUUAGAAGAUACUGGCGCGUGGAGGCUGCUCGGGUUCGAGUUGCAGCCCUGUGUUUCUCCUGUGCAUGGCCGGGCAUUCCAUUCCUCCUCACUCACACUGAAAUUUCACCUUUGUGUCCAUAAUUUAUUCAUCUUCCAGCUUACAUUCAAUAAUAUUCUUUUAACCAGCCAUCUUAGCGUUUUCCGGUGUGAAAUUUCUCUCUGAUCUUGCUCCUCCGAUUCUUGAAAUAAUUUGUAGACUGAAUCGUUCUUGGUUGCGUUCCGUUUCUAAUUCGACGUCCCUCCUUUUUUCAAUGAUUUUAAACUGCUAGCAAUCUUACUUAUAGUUUUUUUACUUUUAGUUGUAGGCUGUAAUUUUAAUCUCCGUGUUCAUUAUUUAUUGCUGUUCGUAUUACAGACUACACAGUAAACAUUAUUUUACGUGACUUUUAACUACUUGCCUUCUGUGGAGGUGGAAGUUUGUUACAUGCGGAUGACUUGCUAUUAUUUUCAAAUUUCUAAAUUUCAAUUGUUUGUAAAAGAAACGUAUUCUCAUAUUAGCGUUGUAGCCACAAGUGUGGGGAAGUUCGUGUU